UCUAGAGAGAGAAAGUGAGCUCCGUCCUGACUCCUGAGCAGUAUAUUAGAAGCUCACUGUUCCUCUGAUUCUGUGAGAGACAGAGAGAAGGGAAGAAGAGUUCACAAGCUUUAGGCGAAGUCUCCAGAGAAGGCGAAAGCCGGCAGGUAAAUCAUCCGUGGCGAUCCCUCUUUCGGGACCUUGCUACGGAAAUGCUUAUGAAAAGGACCAGGUCGGUGCAUAAAGAAGUGGGUGAAACUGCGAUGUCAGAUUGUAGCUCGGAGUCCAAUACAGAGUCUCAAACUGGAGGAAACAGUCACAAGAGCAACUCCUUUUUCAAUGUUGCCAGUCUCUUCCGGGGAUUGAAUCCGAAGAAUGCAUCGUAUAAUGAUUCAGCUAAAAGCCCAAAAUCUCCGUUAGAUGAAGGUUUCUUGAGGUCUCCAGGAUCGACACUGCAGGAUGCGCGGCAAAAGAGUUGGAAUAGUAGCAAAGUGGGUUUAAGUAUUGUGGACUCUCUGGAUGCUGAUGAUGGAAAGAAUGAGUUUGCUAGGGAUAGGAUUAUACUUUCUUCGGAUAGCAAAGGCAUUUGUUUCGGACCAACAAUGAGGCAUGAACCUCCAAAGUCUUAUACCGAUAUCAGUUCCUCUGAGGCUGCUAAACCCCCUCCCAGGAACUCUUCAUUCCCUUAUACCCGUACAAAAUCUCCACUCCACAAGGGCAGCUCUGAUGUUGUUUUUGAAAUCGGAGGUGGCCCAGUAGACUCUGAUUCCUCAGCUGGGAAAAGCCAGUCCUGUUCAAUGGAUUCCUGUGUCAUGGUGAAUCAUCACCUGACCCAAGGAAGUCCGAAGUCGAGCAACCUUUCUUGUCCAACUGUGGCUUCAAAAGAUGGAUUUGUUGGGUCCCUCUCAGCAAAUGGCAUCGAGCUUUCUGAGGACUACACCUGUGUCAUUUUGCAUGGCCCUAACCCGCAGACGACUCACAUCUAUGGUGACUGCAUUUUAGAAUGUCACCCGUCUGAUGAGUUGUUGAGUGAAUUUGUCAGGAAAUUUGAAGAGGACAUGCGAGUAAGCUCCAAAGCUCCGGCUUCCUAUCCGAUUAUCAACUCCUUGAGCUCCUGCUACUCAUGCAAGAAACCAUUGGAGGAGGGCAAAGAUAUUUAUAUAUACAGAGGUGAGAAAGCAUUUUGCAGCGUGGAAUGCCGAUGGAAUGAGAUUUCGUUCGACGAGGAAACCAAAGACACUGCCCAUGGCUCCGGCGAUAAAGGGGGCAUUUUAAAAAGAGGCUCCUUGACAAUCGCCAAAUAAAGGCACUCUUACAUAUGUUCCGUAGCCACCAUGACUGAUGGUCGAAUAUGUGCCCGAGCUAGGGUUCCUUGAUUGUCCGUUUUAAAGAGCUGCUUUAUGUUAUUGGUAGCAGCCAAGGACGGUCAACUUUUUGUAUACUUUCUUCUGCCUGUUCUCUUUCGGCUUUCAUGAUCAUGGAGGGUAAUAAGGUUACCUAGAUCUUAGCUUUUUUACAGAAUACAGAGGAUAUACUGGUCUGCUGCGUUAUCUCAUAAGUCGCGAUUGCGACAUUAUUGUAAAUGGGUGUUAGCCGGUUUUCAUGGCUCCCCGUUUCUAUGGCCGGUAAUAUGUAUUAUCCUUACCGGGUUAACUGCUCAUGUAUGUGGAACAAACUCGACUUGUUUUUUACUGAACAUAUUGUCAUAUACUGCAGAAUAUGCUUA